AUGGGGGAAACGACGGUGGUGCUAAGCAAAGAACAGCUCGGUCUGCAGCUGGAUCAAAGCCAGACACAAACACCGACAGGAUGUGGCCACCGGAUGACGCUGUUCAUGGGCGUCUACUGGAAGACGUUGCUGGUGCUGCUGGUUCCGUGCCUGGCGGCGUUAGUUUUCCUCGUCGACACGACGCCCGCGUUCCGGUGCAUGUACAUCGUGAUGGUGAUGGCGGUGUUCUGGAUCACCGAGGCACUCCCGCUGCCGAUCACGUCCAUGCUGCCGAUCGUACUGUUUCCGAUGAUGGGCAUCCUGGACACGAACAGGACCUGCAUGAUGUACAUGAAGGACACGAUGCUGAUGUUCAUCGGUGGCAUUGUGAUGGCGCUCGCGGUGGAGUACUGUAACCUCCACAAGCGAGUCGCCCUCAAGGUGAUCUCGCUGGUCGGGUGCAGCCAGAGGCGCUUGACUUUCGGGCUGACCGUGGUGACAAUGUUCGUUUCGAUGUGGAUCUCCAACACGGCCACCGUGGCGAUGAUGUGUCCGAUCGUGCAGGCCGUCCUAGAAGAGCUGGAAUCGCAAGGACUGUGUCAAAUCAACGAGAAACCAAAGUCUCUCGAAGGACACUCGGACCACGAGGAAGAGCUUCCGCGACCGACCAAAAUAACGCUCUGCUACUACAUCGGCACGGCGUACGCGGCCACCUGCGGUGGAGUGGGAACGAUCGUCGGUUCCGGCGUUAACCUUACGCUGAAGGGAAUCUACGAGAGUCGGUUUCCGGAUGCGCCCGGUAUCGACUUCCCUUCGUUCAUGUUCUACAACGUCCCGGGCAUGCUGAUGUACACGUUCCUUACCUGGGUGUACCUCCAGUGGCUAUUCAUGGGAAUGUUCAGACCGAACAGCCCCGAGGCACGGGCGGCCAACAUUGGGCCGGAGGGUGAGGCUGUGGCAAAACGGGUCAUCGAGACGCGCUACAAGGAGCUUGGACCGAUGACGUCGCACGAAAUCGGUGUGGCCUUUUUCUUCGUACUUUCGGUCGUCCUGUACUUCACCCGCGAACCAGGCUUCAUGAUGGGCUGGGCUGAUCUCAUACCGAAUGUGAAAAUCAAAGAUGCAACGCCCGCCAUUUUCGUGGUGAUCAUGCUGUUCAUUGUGCCGGCCGACUGGAACUGCUUCUCGUUCUUCCGAAAAUCUGGCGGUCGUCUUCCGCGCAGAGCUUCCCCAGGGCUUAUCACAUGGCGUUUCAUCAACCAGAAGACACCGUGGAGUCUGCUCUUCCUGUUGGGCGGUGGAUUUGCGCUGGCCGAGGGUGGUCGCACUUCCGGCAUGUCCGCUCUGCUCGGUCAAUCGCUGGCCGGGUUGAAGGUGCUUCCCCCACUGCUUCUCCUGUUCGUCCUCUGCCUUGUGGGCGAGUUCCUCACCGAGUUUACCUCGAACGUGGCCAUCUGCAACGUGGUACUACCGGUACUGGCGGAAGUGGCCAUCGCGAUUGAAAUUCAUCCACUGUACCUCAUGUUUCCGGUGGCGAUGGUGUGCAGCUUCUCCUUCCACCUACCGGUCGGUACACCCCCGAACGCGAUCGUGGCCGGGGUGGGCAACAUUCGCAUCAAGGAUAUGGCCGUGGCUGGCAUUGGACCAACCGUGGCGACCCUUCUUAUCAGCUGGGCCAUGUUUCCGACCUGGGGCAGCAUCAUCUAUCCGGAGCUCGCUACCUUCCCCGACUGGGCAAGGCCACUCAACAACUCGGCGUAUUAACCGCACGGGGAGGGAGCGUUGUAUUUUUAGCUGUUGUGUACGUGCCAUUCUAAGUAAGCGCUAGUUAAG